AUGUGUUCAUGUGGUCGUAUUUAUGUUGGAGCGACUUGUCGUCCCAUUCGAGAAAGGGUUGCUGAGCCCAAAAGCGCCUGCAGAGACUUUUGGGUUCACAAAUCGGAGCUGACUGAGCACAGGCCAGAAACGGGACACGAGAUUGAAUCGUCUCAAACUGCUCGUUUUGCUGAUCCUGGCUUGUCUGCGGCUAAACGAAAAAUGAGAGAAGCUACAGAAACAGACCGAAUGUAA